UUUUUUGUUUUUCAAUUUUUUCUUGAUUCACCAUCAAUCCUAAUCAAAUAAUGACCGAAUCACCUACUACUCAAUCAGUUAUGCCACUAAUAAAACGAAAUGGCGGCGGUAGUGUACAACAACAACAACAGCAAAAUAGUAAUAAUGCAAAAGAUAAUAAAGAUGAACAGGAAAAAAAUAUUGAAGAACUUAAAAAAGAAGUUAUUAUGGAUGAACAUAAAAUUAUUAUCGAAGAAUUAGUAUUACGAAUGAAAACAAAUGCCGAAUCAGGUUUAACAAAUGCUCAAGCUAAAGCAGUAUUGGAACGUGAUGGUCCAAAUGCAUUAACACCACCGAAAAAAACACCCGAAUGGGUUAAAUUCUGUAAACAAUUAUUCGGUGGUUUUGCUUUGUUACUUUGGAUCGGUGCUGUUCUUUGUUUUUUUGCCUAUUCCAUUCAACAUACAUCCACUGAAGAUGCACCACCAGACAAUCUUUAUCUUGGUAUUGUAUUAGCUGCUGUUGUUAUAAUAACCGGUUGUUUUUCCUAUUAUCAAGAAGCAAAAUCAUCAGCCAUAAUGGAAUCAUUCAAAAAUAUGGUACCACAAUAUGCAACGGUUAUACGUGAAGGACAUAAACUAACAAUACCGGCUGAAGAAGUUGUUGUUGGUGAUAUUGUUGAAAUAAAAAGUGGUGAUCGUAUACCGGCCGAUAUUCGUAUAUUAAAAUCACAAGGUUGUAAAGUAGAUAAUUCAUCAUUGACAGGUGAAUCAGAAGCACAAACACGUUCACCCGAACUUACACAUGAUAAUCCCUUGGAAACUAGAAAUUUAGCUUUCUUUUCAACAAAUUGUGUUGAAGGUACUGCUCAAGGAAUUGUUAUCAAUACUGGUGAUCGUACAAUAAUGGGACGGAUUGCACAUUUAGCAUCCGGUUUAGAAAUGGGUGAAACACCUAUUGCAAAAGAAAUUGAACAUUUUAUUCGUAUUAUAACCGGUGUUGCUGUCUUCCUUGGUGUUACAUUUUUUAUAAUUGCAUUUGCACUUGGUUAUGAAUGGUUAGAUGCUGUUAUAUUUUUAAUCGGUAUUAUUGUAGCAAAUGUACCUGAAGGUUUAUUAGCAACAGUUACUGUUUGUUUAACAUUAACAGCUAAACGUAUGGCAAGUAAAAAUUGUUUAGUUAAAAAUUUAGAAGCAGUUGAAACAUUAGGUUCAACAUCGACAAUUUGUUCAGAUAAAACUGGUACAUUAACACAAAAUCGUAUGACUGUUUCACAUUUAUGGUAUGAUCGUAAUGUUAUUGAAGCCGAUACAACUGAAGAUCAAUCCGGUAAACAACAGCAAAGUACAUCGAUUGGUUGGCAAGCAUUAAGUAGAGCUUGUCGUUUGUGUAGUCGUGCUGAAUUUAAACCCGAUCAAGAUGAUGUUCCUAUAUUGAAAAGAGAUUGUAUUGGUGAUGCAUCCGAAUCGGCAAUAUUAAAAUGUAUGGAAUUAAAUGUGGGUAAUGUUGAAGAAUAUCGAAGAAAAAAUCCAAAAGUUUGUGAAGUACCAUUCAAUUCAACAAAUAAAUAUCAUAUUACAAUACAUGAAACGGAAGAAAUUCCACAAUCAUGUUAUUUAUUAUGUAUGAAAGGUGCACCUGAACGUAUUCUUGAUAGAUGUUUAACCGUACUGUUGGAUGGUGAAAAUAAGAUUAUUGAUGAAGAAUUUCGUAAUGAAUUUAAUGCUGCUUAUAUGGAAUUAGGUGGUCUUGGUGAACGUGUACUUGGUUUUUGUGAUUAUCCAUUGCCUGCCGAUAAAUAUCCACCUGGUUAUCCAUUCGAUCCGGAUGAAGAAAAUUUUCCAUUAGAUAAUUUACGUUUUCUUGGUUUAAUAUCGAUGAUUGAUCCACCAAGAGCUGCUGUACCAGAUGCUGUUGCCAAGUGUAGGAGUGCCGGUAUCAAAGUUAUAAUGGUAACUGGUGAUCAUCCAAUUACAGCUAAAGCUAUUGCAAAAGCUGUUGGAAUAAUAUCGGAAGGAACCGAAACAGCUGAAGAUAUUGCUAAUCGUUUGGAUAUACCAAUCGAACAAGUUGAUCAACGUAAAGCAAAAGCUAUUGUUGUACAUGGACAAGAAUUAAAAGAUAUGAAAGAAGAACGUUUAGAUAGAAUACUCAAUAAACAUACGGAAAUUGUAUUUGCACGUACAUCACCACAACAAAAAUUAUUAAUUGUUGAAGGUUGCCAACGACAAGGUCAAAUCGUUGCUGUUACAGGUGAUGGUGUUAAUGAUUCACCAGCAUUGAAAAAAGCCGAUAUUGGUGUUGCGAUGGGCAUAGCUGGUUCGGAUGUAUCAAAACAAGCUGCCGAUAUGAUUCUUUUGGAUGAUAAUUUUGCAUCAAUUGUAACCGGUGUUGAAGAAGGACGUUUAAUAUUCGACAAUCUUAAAAAAUCUAUUGCAUAUACCUUGACUAGUAAUAUACCUGAAAUAUCUCCAUUUUUAUUUUUUAUCAUAUUUAAUGUACCAUUACCAUUGGGAACUGUAACAAUAUUAUGUAUCGAUUUGGGUACCGAUAUGGUACCGGCAAUUUCAUUGGCAUACGAACAAGCCGAAAGCGAUAUUAUGAAACGACAGCCAAGAAAUCCUAUGAAAGAUAAAUUAGUUAAUGAACGUUUAAUAUCGGUUUCAUAUGGACAAAUCGGUAUGAUACAAGCGGCUGCUGGUUUUUUUACCUAUUUUAUUAUUAUGGCCGAAUCUGGUUUUACACCUGAUUAUCUAUUCGGUUUAAGAGAAGCAUGGGAUUCAAAAGCUGUUAAUGAUUUACCUGAUGCUUAUGGACAAGAAUGGACAUAUAAAUCCAGAAAAGAUCUUGAAUAUACAUGUCAUACAGCAUUUUUUGUAUCGAUUGUUGUUGUACAAUGGGCAGAUUUGAUUAUCUGUAAAACACGACGAAAUUCUAUCAUUCAUCAGGGCAUGAACAAUUGGGCUUUAAAUUUUGGUCUAUUAUUCGAAACAGUUUUGGCAGCAUUUCUAUCAUAUUGUCCUGGAAUGCCCAUUCUACUUCGAUUAUAUCCAUUGAAAUUCGCAUGGUGGUUACCAGCAUUUCCAUUUUCAAUAUUAAUAUUUGUUUAUGAUGAAAUUCGUCGUUUUAUAUUACGUCGUCGUCCAGGUGGUUGGGUUGAACAAGAAACUUAUUAUUGAUUCUAAGGAGGAAAGGACUACAUCAGAAAAUCAACCAAUUUUCCUUAAAAAUAACAUCAAACAACAAGAAUAAUAACUUUUACAAGGAAAAAA